UACUGAUUUGCAACAACAAUGGAGAAAACUUCAUUGAACACCGAGCUAUCUUCUUUCUCAUUCCUUCUACUACCCCAUGUCUUGAUUUACACAACUAUUAUUUUCUGGGUCAUUGGAAUCAACAUAUUUUUCACAAGAUUGUGGCUAAGCCUUCAAUCCCGACUUGAAUGCGAUAAUUCAGAGAUUUGGGAAGAGAAAAAGAUUGCAGAUUUUGAAGAAUUCUGUUGCUCUGAUAAAAACAGAGAUGAUGGCAGCCUUUGCAUCGAAGAGGUGGAGAUGGUGAUGGGAAGACUGGAACUUUUUUGCAGCAAAGAAAGAGGGGAGGAUUUGGAGUGGUCCAAAGAGCGAUUAUUGGGGCUAUUCGAAUCAAAGGAGCCAAGUUUGGAGGAAGUGAAGGAAGCUUUUGAUGUGUUUGAUUUAAACAGAGAUGGGUUUAUUGAUACAGAGGAAUUGCAGAGAGUUCUCUGCAGCUUAGGCUGCAAGGAAGCUGUAGAGCUGGAAAACUGCAGGAGAAUGAUGAAAACUUAUGAUCACAAUGGGGAUGGAAUGAUAGAUUUUAAGGAAUUUUUGAGAUUUAUGGAGAUCGGCUUUUGUUGAAUUUUGUACUUCUUGUCUUUUGUUUGCUGUUCCAGUAUCAUUUCUCAUAUUUUCUGGGACUCAUGAGUGUAAGAAAUUGGACAAGUUCUCAAGGAAGGAAAAUUGAAAAA